CUGUUUAACCAUUCUUCAAAUGUUUUUUUUGAAAGUACAUCUAUUUUAGACGUUCAACCAAACCGCGAUCCAUUAAAAAAUCGUGAGAAUCCCAAAAGACAAAACGUCUGUAACCCAAUAUCGACACCGACCUCACCUCUUGAGUUAUGUCUUUCAAAUAUCUUCAAAACGCAUUGUUUUUGUGCCGCUGUUACAGAUAAUGAAGAAAAAUGUUCAGCUUUUUCUGCAGUAACAGCAAUCUCAAGAAAUAUUAAAAUGUUGGGAGGUGUAAGUACUUCAACACCUACCGAAGUAAUUAUUGCUUUAAUUGAAGCAGCUUCGUUACUGCUGAGACCUUUCAAGACUGUUCUAUGCCGUAACUUUGUUGCUUAUUACAUAGGUUAUGCAAAGUACUGCCAGGCAAGAAUUGAUGCUGAAGUAUUGGAAUUGUAUGGAAAAGUUCGAGAUGUUCCGAGAAAUAUAUAUGGCUAUCCAACUGAACUUGUGUUUAUCACCUUUGGCAAAUGGCUUAGAAUUUGGCGAAUUACAAGACAUCAACUUGCAGCGUUUCUCAGAGAUACAUUUCAAUGCUAUAGAGAACUUCCAACAGACCAAAAAUGGAUUCUUUUUCGCCAUUUUUUUGAAACAUUUUGUGGAAUUGAAGCUCACGUGCUAACAAAUAUGCACUUUCCUAAUCCGUCAAGCACUUGCGUAGCAACUACUUUGUGUACUUAUGUGGAUCUGAGUUGUAUUGAUCGUUACUUUACUGCUGAGCAGAAUAGAGUUUUUGCAAGAGUAGUGACUAACGUUAUAAGUCGACGUAUAGAUGUUGUAAGAAACUUGCGAGACUUCACUGUUGAUCGGUUUGAAUUAGCUGCACUUGUUGGACUCACCCUGUUUUCUCAAGCGAUCGAUGGAUUAACCGAAGAAACGAAAAGUGUGGUGCAUAAAAUGCAAGAAAAAAUUUUGGUUGGUUUACACUAUUAUUAUACAGAAACAUUAAAGGUAAAAAACUAUGCAUAUCGACUUGGUGAAAGUAUUUCACUCCUUUGGUUAGUCCAAAAAUGUUGCUACAAAUUUAAGAACACGAGCGAAACUGCUGCAUUAUUUGGCAUAUACAAUUCCCGUGAGCUGUUUUUCAAUGAUUUCGGCCCACAGUCUUUGUAG